AUGAGUCCUUCUUUUUGGGUCAAAGUAUCAGAAAAAGAAAAUUAUAAAAAUGAAAUUAAUGAAUCAACAAUUUUUGAUUGUGGUGUAUUAGAAGGAGGAUGCUGUAUUCAAAUAGUCAUGGUUGGUGGCAGACAAAUCAUUGAUCGAUGCAAUAUAACAUCAAACAGAGUCAAUCAAGAUAUUGGAGGAUAUGACAUGCAAGGAAUUUCCUCAGAUUCAUUUAUAAAAUACACCACAAUUAGAUCAAACAAUCAAUCAACUAGUGAUAGUUUUGGUUUAUGUUAUCACCAGUCAUCAAAUAGUGAUAAAUUGAUUUCAGCAAUAUCAUGUAGUUAUGCUGAAAACAGACAACUUAAUACAGAAGGAAGAUUAAUAGCAACAGCUACAAAACUUUCUAUGUUUGAUUGCUGCAUUUUACUAAAUGAAUUCACUUAUACAUUUUAUCUUUGGGAAGGUUCACUUGUUUUUAAUAAUUCAUUUGCAGAUAAAUAUACAGCAACAUCGCAAGCAAAUUCUGUUGAAUAUAUUAACACAUUUUCAAGUUCAGAAUGCAAAUAUUAUUAUUUUGAUAUCAACGAAAACGAAAAUAAAGUAAAUAACAAAGAUGACGAAGAUGAUUCCGAUGACAUUGAAAAAGUUAAGCGAAUUGUUCGAUAUCUUGAUAGAAAAUCUAAUUUCAUUCAAUUUAUAUAA